CUCCGUCUUCACUUUCUGCAUCUCACUCAGGUUACAACAAUCACAACAGCUAGAAAUAUUAAUUCUGCCUUUGGACUGACACAGACACAAGUGAAUUACAGAUGAUCCUUGUGAUGUCUAUUUAUCUUAGUAGGAGGAUGUAUAGUUAAUGUGAAGACAUAACUUGAUGAAACUGUGUAGAAGAUACAUUCCCACCAUAUCUGCCCCUUAAGUCAUCGGUGCCUUAUCUCUUCUGCUCGGGAAAUCAUUAUCUUCAUCAUGAAGCCAUGUUAUUUCUCACUUCUUCUGCUUUUCUUAUUUGGAAACCCUGGGUCAUCAGCCUGCCCGUCUCGCUGUGAUGUGUCAAGAUGUCCAAGUCCCAUCUGCCCUAGUGGGUACGUCCCUGAUCGUUGCAACUGUUGUCUCAUCUGCGCUGCAGGAGAAGGCGAAUCUUGUGGCCGGGAGAUUGACCCACCUUGUGGGGACAGUUUGCAGUGCAAGCCACCUCCUGGCAAGAGAGGAAUCAAAGGCACCUGCCAGUGCAAGCACACCUACAAAGUGUGUGGCAGUGAUGGGCAGACCUACGACAAUCUUUGCCAACUGAAGGUAGCAAGUCGGAGAGCCCUACAGCAAGGACAUACAUCUGUGGUGCAGGUGGAGAAGGGAGCCUGCCAAUCGGGUCACCAACAUCACAACAGCCCGAGGUACAAAUUUAACUUUAUUGCUGAUGUAGUGGAGAAGAUUGCCCCUGCCGUUGUCCACAUUGAACUUUUCUUGAGGCAUCCUUUAUUUGGCCGUAAUAUUCCAUUGUCUAGCGGAUCAGGCUUUAUCAUAUCGGAUCUGGGUUUAAUUGUGACUAAUGCCCACGUAGUUACAAGCAGUAAUGCCGUGUCAGGACGUCAGCACCUCAAGGUCCAGCUUCACAAUGGAGACUCGUAUGAGGCUACAAUUAAAGACAUUGAUAAGAAAUCAGAUAUUGCAACAAUCAAGGUCUUUUCUAGAAAAAAACUUCCUGUCUUGCUGCUGGGACAUUCCGCUGAUCUAAGACCCGGUGAAUUUGUUGUAGCUAUCGGUAGUCCGUUUGCCUUACAAAACACUGUUACUACAGGUAUUGUCAGUACUGCUCAGAGAGAUGGAAAAGAACUUGGACUGAGAGACUCUGAUAUGGAUUAUGUUCAGACUGACGCCAUCAUCAAUUAUGGAAACUCCGGCGGCCCACUAGUUAAUUUGGAUGGGGAAGUAAUUGGAAUAAAUACCCUCAAAGUUGCAGCUGGUAUUUCUUUUGCAAUUCCUUCCGAUCGCAUCACGAAAUUCCUUACAGACUCUCACGACAAAAAGAUUAAAGAUGGGAAGAAGCGGUUUAUUGGGAUAAAGAUGCUGACAAUAACUCCCAUGCUUGUUGAAGAAUUGAAGUUGAACAACCCUGAUUUUCCAGAUGUGACCAGCGGAAUUUAUGUACAUGAAGUAAUGUCCAACUCACCAGCUCAGAGGGGUGGAAUAAGACAUGGCGACAUCAUUGUCAAAGUCAAUGGCCGCUCACUCAUGACGUCUAGUGAUCUACAUGAAGCAGUAAUGAACGAAUCGCCCUUAUUACUUGAAGUCCGUAGAGGAAACGAUGACCUGCUGUUUAACAUAGAACCUGACAUAUCAAUGUAGUUCCAGCGAAUGCAGUUUACAGGCUCGAACAAUCUGCUCCGCAAUACAAUGGGCGACAAAAUGAUUGCAUACAGACCUACCAACCUCAGCAAACCCAGAACACUACAAGAAAAACUACAGCAGGGCAUGCUACUUCAUCUUGCAAUUGAAGUUCAUUUAAACCAGGCUGAUCUUUUGCAUUAUGUAUGAUUACAAAAAUCAGGGCAGUCUUUAACAUGGCGCUUGGGGCAUGGAGCUUAUCUGAGGGACCCACGGUAGCUGUCUCUUGGGCACCUUCAAUAGCUGACAAUAGCCUCCAGGUACAGGCCUCCCCAUACUGGGGUAUGAUUGGGAUGGUGGGGGAGCUCGCCCCAGGCCUCUUUAUGAUUAAAGACCGCCCUAGCAAAAAUCUGAACUAGUAUGUGUUAUAUUUUAUUGACCAACUGUAUACCUCUCAUCGAAAAAUAGACUUUAAAAAAAUCAGUUGUUCUGGAGGAGUCCGUUGAUUGCUUGAGCCACGUGUAUGUAAGAACUUACAGGCCAGUCCGAAUGCCAAUAACUCUUUUUUUAAACCUUACAGGUAUUAUGACAACUAAGGAACACUAUUAUUAAAUCUGCUGCAAGUGUAUCUCCUUAGGCACAUAGAAUAGAUUUAUUUUAAAAUAUGUGAAAAACAGCAAGCACUAUUACACAAAAAAAUGCAAUAAAAGGAUUAACAGCUCAGUAUCCCGAUGCAGUGUUCAGUAAUCCAAAAUCAUUUUUUAGCUAAUACAUAUUACCAUAGGUUUGCACUUUAAAUAUUACUAAAAUAGAUACAAUGCAUGGAAGGUCCUCUACAUUUAUAGAAUGUUUGUAAACAUAAUUUCAAACUCAUUGGGUUUU